AUGAGGUCCAUCUUCAGUGGCAUUCAGAAGCUCGUGUCGAGUCAGUCGCCAGAAGCCGAUACAUCUCUGCCGGAACAACCGUCGCCGCCGAAAGAAGAUCAAGUCACCGAUCCGCAGAGAUCUGAGUCGCCCGCGCCGAAUACCCAGCUGGUUCCGUAUACAGUUAUCUUCCCUGAAUCGGAGACCCAAGAAAUAGAGCCGCUUGCUAUUUCCAAUUCUCCGGUGGAUGUUGAUGGGGAUUGCGACUCUUCAGCUCACCCUCGGGUUUCACAGCCGACUGAUGCGAAUGAACCGGUUCGCAACCCGCAGAUUGAAGAGCUCUCGGAUGAUUCCGACUCGAUUCAACUAACCGGAACCACGGGACCGUCUAUUUCGUCCCGGAUGAUGAAACGCAAGAAGUCGAUUGCGAUGCCUUCUGAGCAGAAGAAGAAGCGACAGGCAACCCGAGGAAAAGGAGCGGCUGUCAAAAACGAGCAUUCAUUGGAGUUUGAUCAAACUCGGUUCGGGUCUGCUGUUGCGUUUCAGAGGUACGGUUCUUUGAAUUCCCGGAAAUUGCAUGCUGAAUUGAACAUCACCUUUGGUGAAAUUGAUGAGGUUAGGGAUCUGAUUUAUGCUGCGGGGUUGCUUAGAACUGUUUCUGAGAGCAAGCCUUUUGAUCCUCAAGUUGUGUAUGAAUUUUGGGCGAAUCUGCCAACUGUUGAGCCAGAGACAGAUUCCGCAGAAGUGCUGGUCCGGAAUUGGGUGUAUGAGUUUAGUCCUGACAGGAUUAAUGCGUUGUUUGGACUGCCAGCUGUGGAUGAGCGCACAGAACAACGGCAUAUGGCUGAAGUGAUUACCUCCGACAUAGCUCUCUUUGUGUCUGGAGGUAAAGCCAAGGUCUUCAAGCAGUUCCAACUGUCUAAGGUUGAGGACAACAACACGAAAGAUCUUCUCAAGAUCUGUUGUACCAACUGGCUGCCUACUACUAAUGAUGGGUAUGUCACUCCUGACAGAGCCAAAUUGGUCUACAAGGUGAUGCAUCAGAAGCCGUUUGAUUUUGGGAGGAUGGUCUUUAAGCUGAUCAUCAACAUGGGUCUAACCCCUGUCUCAAAGUUGUGCCUGCCGUUUCCCAGUUUGAUUUAUCACCUGAUUCAGUCACAACACCCUGUGCAUCCGGAUGUAUCUCAGCCAGUGCCAAAGUCCAACAAGAAGGGCAAAGCGAAGAGAGGACAGACGGCUGAGGUUCCAGUGUGCUCUUCAGAUGAUCGCAAGGCUUUGCGUCGUGCAAUUCAGAUCAUGCAGCGUAUCAUCGAUGCAGGGGGAGAUGAUUCUGAUUCUGAUGAUCAUAGGACUGGUUGAUUUGUGGGGGAGCAUUUGUCCUGGGGGAGCAGUUGCUGUUGUUGCUGUUUGUUUUUGGUUGUUAGCAACAAUGUAUUUUUAUUACAGAACCUUGUUUCGUUAGCUUUUAGCUUUUGGGUCUGUAAUAUGUUUAAACAUGGCUUUUUAGGAUUUCUUAUUUUGGGAUUUGUGCUAGUUAUAUUGCUAGAUGUUUUCCUUGUUGCUGUGUUUUGGUGUUGUCUCUCUGUGACUUUCAGGUUUAUCACAAAGGAUGCUUGAUUAUCAAACUAAGUCAAAAAGGGGGAGAUUGAAGAUGCAGUUCCAGAACAGCUUGCUGUGAAGAUCAGGAAGCCGCAUCUGUUCAGACGCCUGAGACCACAUCAGACGCCUGGGAUCACAUCAGACACUUGAAGUUGCUGACAUGGAGUCGUGAGAUGACGUGGCAAAGCUUAAGUGGAUGGAGUGACGUGCUAAGGAAGAUUUCUUGCUUGACAGCAAAGAUAGAGACGAAUUGCGUGUGAAAAUAUGGUGAAUAUUCUUCACAUCAAAUAAGGAAAGGAUAAGCUUGACAAGCAAGUAUAUUCCGUUUCCGUGAGAUCCUCGAAGAUCCUAGGGUUAGGGUUUCGAGUAGUGAGUAUAAAUAGUCUAGGGUUUGGCCACGAGCCAUUUUGAACACUUUAGACUCUUUGUACGUGAUUAUAUACUUCGAAGCUAGCAAAACAAAAAGCUGAGAAGGUGAGUGUUUGUUUUCUCUUGGGACUACACGGGUGUAGGAGAGAUAGGUUUAGUGCUCGUUCUUUAGUCGGGUUCAAUUCUAUUGGUAGGAAUAGAUUGAGUAAGAGCCGAGACAAAAUUGUAUCCUAGGAAAAGAUAAAUUUUGUUAAUAAAGAUCGAAGGAAAAAGCGUUUGCUUGGCGCGUUCUAAGUUUAA